AGCAGGAGGUGCGAGCAAGGAUCAGUGCUUGGGCCCCAGUUAUUCACAAUCUAGAUCAAUGAUUUGGUUGUAGAGAUUAAGUGUAAUAUUUCGAAGUUUGCAGAUGAUACAAAAUUGGGCGGAAGUGCCACAAGAGAUUUUGGAGCGGCUGAGCAAGUGGGGAAAAAUUUGGCAGAUGGAAUACAAUGUAGAGAAAUGUGAGGUUAUCCACUUUGGUAGGAAAUGCAGAAAUACAGAGUAUUUCUUAAAUGGUGAGAGGCUGGGAAGUGUUGAAUUUCAAAGGGCUGCUUUCUCCUGGACGGUGUCAAGCCUCAAGCGUUGUGGGAGACGCACUCAUCCAGAAAUUCCAAGAGAUGGAUGGGAGACAUUGGGUUCAAGAACUAUUUCCUCCACAUUUCAGUGUGCAGGAUCUUGUUGAGGUGAAUGUAACUUUGGAGCCUGUGCUGGUUUCUGAACACUUUGCAGCCAGGAGAGCCAAAAGAAUUGAAAAUCUUUACCAGCAGAAAAUGAAGAAUUUUCAACAAGAACAGAAAUUGAGGAGAAAAGCCUACAUUUCAGGACUGAUUAUAUCAGAAGCAGCUCCUCAAGCUUCCAUCAAAGAGCUGAAACCACAGGGCUAUGGUCACAAUCAUGCUGGGCUAUGUAAACCAGACAAUUCCAAUAAAAGUAUUGAGAACCAUGUUGACGGAAUGGAAGGGCAGCAUCUGUGGAACACUGAGGAGCUUGCAAUUUUACGCGAAACAAAGUGUAGAAAAUACAUUGAGCAACAAAAUUUAAAAGCACAAUUGGCAUUUGCAUAUCUCCAGGCAGAAGAGGUGAAGGCAAGUAGCAAGAAACUGACAGUGUGUUUGGAAAAGAAAGAGGCCGAACUCCGUAAAACCAAACUAGAAUUAGAGAACAGAACCCUGUACCUCAAUCACACCAUGCAAGAGAGCUUCAAAAAAGACUUGCAGAUUUGCGGUCUCAGAGAAGAUUUACAGGAAAAAGUAGUGACUGCAUGUAACUUGAGCUCUCGAUUGCAGUGGUGCAGGCUGCAAACCCAGGAUCUACUCCUGGGAAAGGAGAAACUCAUCUCCCAUUGGAAGCAGCUGGCGCUACAGCGUCAGUUGGAAAAGGACUGUUUGGUGGAGAGAUUGAAAGGACAGUCCAGCUUAGAACUGAAGAAACUACAAACAGAACUGGACACAGUGAAGGCUGAACUGAGAAAGGAGAAAUGUCAACAUGAUCAAAACAAGGAAGCUCUGGAGUUGUUGUGCAAACAUUUCUCUAGUUUACCGUCCUUGGGCCCAGCUGAAAAUUUUAAAAUUGAAUUCCUGAAUGUGUGACAUGAAUCCAUUACUUUGUUCCAGGAAAGAUUCUAUCAGUAAUAAUUGGUUCCUGUAAUUAAAUUCUUGUUGACUCCUUGUUAGUUA